UUGUGUAUCAAGAAACAUUUUUUCAUCGUACUUAAAAAAAACAUGGAUGACCAGGAUUGCAUUUUUCUCAAGUUUACACUAGAGCUUCUUUUCCAAUCACAGUUCCUAUCUUCUUUGUGAGUCAACUGUUGUUAUCCCAUAACUAUAAUAACACAGAUACUGGUGUUAAACUUGGGCAAAGAAGAAGACAUAAAUCUCUGAGUCAAGUGACUCUUAAUCAAGACAAAACCCCUCUCUUCAGAAAAAUGGACCUUUUUCAACUUUUCCCAAUGGCUACAAUCCUUGUAUCACUUCAUUUCCUGAUAAUUUUCUAUGUUUCCAAUAUUCCCCUGGCCUUUGCUCAAAAUGAAAACCAAUUCAUCUACAAUGGAUUCCAUCCAGCCAAGCUGCAUCUUGAUGGCACUGCUCAACUUCUCAGCAAUGGUCUGCUGCAGCUAACCAAUAGCAAGAACAUUUCAUCCCCCCAAAUUGGUCAUGUCUUCUACCAAUUUCCUUUAAAAUUCAACACAACUUCCUCAGGUUCAACUCUAUCUCUUUCAUUUUCUACAAACUUUGUAUUUGCCAUUGUUCCACAAGUGCCAAGUAGUGGUGGUGGUCACGGCAUGACGUUCACCAUCAGUCCAUCGUGGAACUUUAUUCAAGCUGGAGGAAAUCAGUAUCUGGGACUCUUCAAUUCUUCAAAUGAUGGCCUUCCUGUGAACCACAUUUUGGCCAUUGAGCUUGAUACUAUUGUGAACCCAGAAUUUGGAGAUAUUGAUAGAAACCAUGUGGGAAUUGAUGUGAAUAGUCUGAACUCAACCGAAUCAGCUCCUGCAAUGUAUUUUUCCAAUAAAGAAGGGAAGAAUAUAAGCUUGGAGCUCACAAGUGGGAAUCCAAUGCAUCUUUGGAUAGACUAUGAUGAAGCAGAAAAGUUACUAAAUGUAACACUAGCCCCAACCAGAAUCCCAAAACCAAACUGGCCUCUCGUGUCAAAACCCAUUGAUCUGUCUCAAUAUCUCUUGGAAUCCAUGUAUGUUGGUUUCUCUGCAACUACUGGUUCCCGUGCUCCAAGUGACCAGUAUAUUCUUGGAUGGAGCUUUAAUAAAAGUGGACAAGCACAAAGCCUUGAUGUUUUGAAGCUUCCUUCACUUCCUCGACAAAGGAAAACAAAAGAGAUACCCAGACUAAUGAUCACAGUUUUUGUCAUAGCAGUGACGCUUGUGCUGAUAACAAUCACUGGGGCUGCUUACAUUAUAAGAAGGAAGAAAUAUGAAGAAAUACGUGAAGAUUGGGAAAGGGAGUAUGGUCCUCACCGGUUCAUCUAUAAAAAUCUCUACAAAGCAACCAAGGGUUUCUCAGACAAAGAGCUUCUUGGAGCAGGAGGUUUUGGAAACGUUUAUAGAGGAAUACUUCCUUCUUCCAAUGUACAAAUUGCAGUCAAGAGAGUCUCCCAUAAUUCCAAACAAGGGAUGAAGGAAUUUGUAGCUGAGAUUAUUAGCAUGGGAAGACUGAGGCACAGGAACUUGGUCCAGCUCCUGGGAUAUUGCCGGCGAAGAGGAGAACUCCUCUUGGUCUAUGAUUAUAUGUCCAACGGAAGCCUUGACAAGUUCUUAUAUAGCAAUGAAAAACCAAACCUUAGCUGGUUUCAACGAUUUCGAAUCAUCAAAGGUGUAGCAUCUGGCCUUCUUUACCUCCAUGAAGAAUGGGAACAGGUUGUUCUACACAGAGAUGUAAAAGCAAGUAAUGUUCUAUUAGAUGCUGAAUGGAAUGGAAGGCUAGGGGAUUUUGGCCUUGCCAGAUUAUAUGACCAUGGUACGAAUCCCCAAACCACCCAUGUGGUUGGAACUGUAGGUUAUUUGGCUCCAGAGAUUAUUAGAACAAGAAGGGCAACCACUUGCACUGAUGUGUUUUCUUUUGGGGCUUUCAUGCUUGAGGUGGCAUGUGGAAGGCGGCCUGUAGGGCAACAAGGACUAACCGAAGACAUAAUUUUGGUUGAUUGGGUGUUUGAGUGCUGGAGAAGAGGAGCUAUCCUUGAUGCUAGUGAUCCUAGAUUGGAAGGUAAUUAUGUGGGGGAGGAAAUGGAAUUGGUUUUGAAAUUAGGCCUGCUUUGCUCACACUCAGUGCCAACAGCUAGGCCUAACAUGAGGCAAGUGAUGCAAUUUUUGGAUGGCAAUGCCAAUCUACCAGAAUUACCAGAUGGAAGUACUUGUUUUGGUACACUUAACGGUAAUGAAGAGCAUGAUUUCUUAUUGCCGCUUCCUUCAUCAUCUGGCAAGGGUUCUGCUUCUUCCUUGUCUAGCACUGAUUCAAUCCUCAUAAAUGGUCGCUGAAUAAGUUUGUUUCAUGCUAUGGGUCAUAUAGACCAUGGAUUAAGGUUGGGACCAAAUCAACUGGUGGCAAAUAGAAAGCCAACUGAUUGCUUGGGGGUGGAGAGAAGAGAAAAGUGUAAAUUUUGAAGAAUAUGAUGUAUACAGUUUGUUUGGCUUAAUAUAGAAACUUCAUUUAGUUAGUA